GGUUCCAGCCCUGUUGCUCCUGGCGCUCCUGGCUCCUCCAGCCCUGUCAUUCCUGCCGCUCCUGAGGGCUCCAGCCCUGCUGCUCCUGAGGGUUCGAGCCCUGUUGCUCCUGCUGGCACCUCGACCCCCGAGCAGCCCACCGGCAUCUCCCCAGCGGAGCCUUUGGCCUCGAGUCUUACCGGCGCUGCUUCCAAGAUGCAGCCCGUGGCCGGUCUUCUCGCCGCUGUCAUGGGUCUGAUGGCCCUUCUGUAG